AUGUCAAUGAUGAAAGAAAAAAAAGUGACCGCACCAUCAACAAACACCAGUCCACCGUCACCUGAGGACAGUGCAGUUCCGCCAGCAUUAGAAGAUAGUGAUGAUGACAAUGAUGGCAAGGCGAUUGCCCCACCAGAAGACACCAGUCCAACAGCACAAGUGGACAACAAUGCCCCAGUUCCGACCCAAUCAGAAGAUGAUGACAAAGGGAAAAAAGUGAAAGCCCCACAAUGUCCCUUACCAGAACACAGUAGUGAGCCAUCAGUAGAUAUCAAUGCUCUCGCUCUGUCAGCAUCAAAAGAGGUGAAUUGA